CUCUCUAGUUCAACCCGACUGACUGAACCGCUUCCAAACUCAAUCUACAAUGGCGUGGCUGGCGCGAUCCAUCGCCAAUUCUCUCAGACUCGAUGAAGACGAUGAACACCACACUGAUAAUGCAUCCGACAAUACCCUCCAAAUCGAUUCCACCGACCAAAGCCUUCAAUCCGAUCCUCUUAAUCCCGAUCGAGGUGUCAAAGAAGAUCUCUCCGAGCUCACCAAAACCCUAACUCGCCAGUUCUGGGGCGUUGCCUCCUUUCUCGCUCCUCCACCUCCUCCUCCUCCUCAGUCAUCAUCGCAGCAGCAACAGUCAUCUCCCGUCUCUAAUUCCGGUCUCGAUCCGGAAUCUUCUGACUCGGCGGGAAUAGCAGGAAUAAGGAGCGACUUUGCGGAGAUCGGUGGGAGGGUUCGAAGUGGGAUUUCCAAGCUCUCGAACAACAUUAAUGUAUCCGAGAUCACUAAAAUUGCUUCCAACUUUCUGCAAUUAGGGCCGGAAGGGGAUGAAGAAUAUGAAUCGUCUGGGAUAGCUGUUGGUGUUACCGAAGAAGUGGUCGAGUUCGUUAGGGAUAUCGCGAUGCAUCCUGAUACUUGGCUGGAUUUUCCUUUGCUUGACGAUAGUGAAGAAAAUGAUGACGAAUUCGAUAUGUCUGACAUUCAACAAGAGCACGCAUUGGCUGUUGAGCGUCUGGCACCAAGAUUAGCUGCUCUCAGAAUUGAACUUUGUCCGGGCUACAUGACCGAAGGUUUAUUUUGGAAGAUCUAUUUUAUACUUCUUCAUCCUAAGCUUAAUAAACAUGAUGCUGAUCUUCUUUCCACACCUCAGAUAGUGAAGGCAAGAGCCUCAUUGACGCAAGAAAUGCAGAGUGAAACUAACUCCGAGCUCGAGUCUAUUUCCAAUCCUUCAAUUGCCGGUUACGAAUCCAUAUCCCUGGAGCCAUCCAUGAUCAUACAAUCAUCCCAUCCCACAGAAAGUAAUAAUAACGACGAUUUCGAGACAGAUAAGCAUCCUGUACAAACUGUAGAGAUUCCAAUCGUAGACAAAUCUGUAGUCAUCGACCAAAACUCCCAUCCCAUCUCUUCCUCCCCAAGAAUCAUCGAGAAAUACGAAGACGAUGGCGAUGACUGGCUGAAGGAGGAAGAAGAUAGUAGUGAGGAGGUGGUGGGCCCUGCAGGAAUCUCUACUACUAUAGAGAACGAAGAAGAUGUAUCCUUUAGCGAUCUCGAGGAAGAUGACGAUAUUCCGAGUAAGAAAGAGAAAUAUGGGUCGGAUUCUUCGAACAAAGACUCGCGCGAUUGGGUUCAGUUGAGCAGAAGCUCGACUGCUUCUGCUAAGGAAUUGGAUGGUGUUAAAGAGGUAACUGCAAAGGAAUCUAAUGACUGGCUUGAUAUUGAUGAGAUUGACAUGGACUAAAAAGAGAUUUUAAGGUACCACUUUCUAUAAUUUAUUCUCCACAGUGUUAAUAUAUUUGAUCAUGUUUCUUUAUUCAGUCUGCAUUUUAGACUUGCAAAAUAUGUGAAUAAAUGAUGUGUUUUAAACUGGGUGUGGUUUAUUUGUUAUACUUUAAAUGCAAGUAAAUGAAAAUCUGUUUUCACUUGA